AUGGCCGCAAUCGUGACGAGCCGAUCCGAGAAGGACGGUGUAUCGCACUUUGAGGGCAUGCCGGCGAAUGUGGACGAGAUAACAACAAAGCUUGAUGGAUAUGAUAGCGAUGGACUCGUCAAGUCGACGUUUGACCAGCUGUCCAUACCACAAACGCUGUGGGCUUUCAAGCGCGUCAUCCUCAUCUCGCUCGCUGUCUACACUGGCUACAUCUGCGAAGGUUUCGAACUUGGUGCUGGAGGCAGUGUCAUCGCCAACGCUGGAUUCAUCAAACAGUUUGGUGAAAAGGGUCAAUCAGGAGUUAAGGCUCUUGAUCCUACCUGGGUGUCCACCUGGAGUGCUCUUCUCAACGUUGGUCAAAUCGUAACUUUGACUUACAUCUCUUGGUUCGCCGACAGAUUCGGUCGCAAGACAUCGUUAUACGUUGCAUGGGCCUGGCUUGUCAUUGGCUGCGUGUUCCUCAACACUGCCAAGAGCCCAUCUGUGUGGGCCCUCGCGAAGCUUUGCAAUGGCGCAGGUAUUGGCGUCCUCCAGAUUACAUGCCAGGUUUACGUCAUGGAGAUCUGUCCAAACAGGAUCCGAGGUGGCAUGGUCACUUUCCAAGCCGUCUGGAGUAACAUGGGCGGCAUCAUCUGCUCUGUGAUGAUGCAACAGCUCAACAAGACCCAUCCUGAUAAUUAUUUGUUGGCCAUGCGUGUCAUCUGGGCACCAGUUGGACUCAUGAUCAUCUUCUGGAUGUUUAUCCCCGAGUCGCCCUGGUACCACGCUCGCCGUGGAAAUAAGGAGAAGGCGUUGAAGUGCAUGAAGCAACUUUACGGUGGUGUCAAGGGCUAUAAUAUCGAGGAGGAAUAUGGCAUCAUCGCGAGGACCAUCGCACAUGAAAGGGCAAUCCUGCAGGACCAGCCGCGAUACGUUGAUGUCUUUAAGGGUCUGAACCGGAAACGUACACUUACCGUCAUGCUACUCGCUAUCUCCCAGCAGUUCGCCGGUCUUACCAUCAUCAGUACCUACUCAACCUACUUUUUCUCCCUCGCUGGCUUGCCCGAUCCCUUUCUCGGGACUGUCAUCAUCUCCUGCGUCAACCUCCUCUCCGUCUUGGUUUGGUCCUUCACUACCGAUAAGUUCGGUCGACGUGCUAUCAUCAAUACGUGCCAGACGCUUGUUUGCGUCGUUCUAUUUAUCUGCGGCGGUUUAUACUGGACAGGGGCGACGACAGGCAAUGCCAAAGCUGGGACUGUGAAAACCGGCCCUGUUACUUUUGUGACUAAUUCAAUCGUGGGUAUUGCUACUUGGUGCGUGCUGUGCGACUCCAUCGCUGGGUCAGAGCCACCCAAGCUGACGCCUUUCCGUAGCUAUGCCACUCCGCCCAUGCUCCUCGCACUUGGCAUCAAGGCCGGCUUCGUUUAUGGCGCUUUCUCCAUACCAAUAUGUAUCCUCAUGUGGCUCUACCUCCCAGAGACCAGAAGCCGAUCCGCCGGCGAAAUCGACGAGCUAUACGAACGCAAGGUCCCCGCUUGGAGGUGGUCCGAGACUGUCACUGCCGCCGAGGAGCAGAUGCAACUCGUUGUACAGGUAAAGGGCGUUGGUGACAAGAACCUCAUGGCGUAG